ACCGGCCCGACGGUUCCCCGCGCCCUCCGGCAGGCCAGGCCGGCCGCCGCCUCCCCGCCCGCCUCGCUUCAGCAGGAGAUGCCCCCCCGGGAGGAAAGCCCUUCCACUGGAGCAAGCGACGGAAGCCAUUUUGCCGCCGCCGGCUUGCGGGGCCUGGCCAGGGCCCGUUCCGAAGCAUUACGCGGGACCGCCGGCGCUCGGCCCCCCGCGGGAGGGGGCUGGGGUGGGCGGGAAGGCGGGCCCCGCCCGCCGCCCGCGCGUUAACCGCGGCUCACCGCGGGCCGCUGACCCGGAAGCGCUCCAGCCCGCCCGGCCCGGUGCGGCGCGGCAGGGCCGGCUGCGGAGGUGGAAGAUGGCCGAGUCGCCGGAGGAGGUGGCGGUGCUGGUGCAGCGGGUGGUGAAGGACAUUCGCAAUGCCUUCCAGCGGAACCCCCGCAUAGAUGAGAUUGGAUUAAUACCCUGCCCUGAAGCCAGAUAUAACCGGAGCCCUAUUGUCCUCGUAGAAAACAAGCUUGGUGUGGAGAGCUGGUGUGUCAAGUUUCUUUUGCCGUAUGUCCACAAUAAACUUCUCCUCUACAGACAAAGAAAACAGUGGCUGAACAAAGAUGAGCUAAUAGAUAUCACGUGUACCCUGCUGCUGCUGAAUCCUGACUUCACCACUGCUUGGAAUGUGAGGAAAGAAUUAAUACUGUCUGGCACUUUAAAUCCACUUAGAGAUUUGCAUCUUGGAAAACUGGCGUUAACAAAGUUUCCAAAGAGUCCGGAAACAUGGAUUCAUAGACGAUGGGUGCUGCAACAACUAAUUCAGGAAAACUCCUUGCCCAGUCUUGUGACUAAAGGAAACUUUGGAGCAGCACCUGUGGAGAGAAUUCACCAACUAGUGCAGGAAGAAAUGAAUGUCUGCUCUGAAGCUGCUGGGAGAUAUCCAAGCAACUACAAUGCCUGGUCCCAUCGCAUCUGGGUUUUACAGCAUUUGGGAAAGCUGACUGUCAAGAUUCUCCUUGAUGAACUUGCAUCCACUAAAUAUUGGGUAUCCAUGCAUGUCUCAGACCAUAGUGGAUUUCAUUACCGCCAGUUCUUACUCAAUUCCUUGAUAGGCAGAACUGUGACUGACAAGAAUGUACUGAUACAAAAUCAAAUGGUAAAUAAGCAAAACACUAGCUUUCAAAAGGAGGAGAGCGCAGGGGCAGAAGCUGCCUGUGUGGAAGAGCAGAGUGUGGAUCUCCCCCGCUGUUUAGAGGAAGAGUUGGAGCUCUGCACUGAACUGAUUGAUAUUUACCCAGGGCAUGAAACCUUGUGGUGUCAUAGAAGGUGUAUGUUCUACCUUCAGCAUCAUCUAAGCAACAGACUUCCUCAUCUGAGUGCGGUGUUAUCAUCUGUGGACAGCAGUGAUGAAAUGGAUGUUGAUGGUUUGAAUGAAUCCAGCAGCAAACAAGGUUAUAGCCAAGAAACAAAACGCCUGAAGCGUGCUCCUAUGCAGGACUUUCUUGGUCCAGAAAAGGAAUACAAAUUCAUUGAUCAAGUAUUAUCAACUUGUAGGGAUGCAGACCAAGCCAGGUUUGCUACUGCUUAUAGAAAGUGGUUAGUUACUUUUUUAGGUCAGUGAAGGAGGGGUUUAAAGCCUUCAGGGUUCUUCUUUUAGUGCAAUAUUCUCUUUUCAGACACAAAUGCAUGUCUUGGUUGCAAGUGUUUUAGCUAACCAUGUGUUUCUCACUCCUUUCGAUGGUCAGUCCUAAAGUUCAUAUUCAGAGUAGAAGUCUGUCACUUUAUUAAAGAACUAGCGUACCUUUUUAGUAACCAAACACAGUUUGUUCUUUAACCGUUUUAAGAAAUCACUCUGUCAGCUUUCUACCAUGCCAUUUUCUUAUUUUAUAAAUUCUGCAUUAAGGUGAACUCUGAAUCAUUUGGCUUUAAAAAAAAAAUGUCUGAAAUGCUUUUGAAACAAUGUCUGGAAAAGGUACAGGAGAAUCUGUCAGUAUCAGCUAAACCUGUUUCUAGAUUGUUCCUCUUUACUAUAGCAGCAUCUUGCUAAUAACCUUAUUGGAUUCAGACUGUAUUCAGCUAUGAGUGCUAUUACUUUUUCAUUAGCAACCUUUGGUAGAACACCAUACUGUAAUGUCUCUUUCUUAAGGCUCUGGUAACAGUAUUGGAGCCAUGCCUUUUACUAUUGUAACUGGGUUUUUGUUUGCUUAUUAGUUGUCACAUGAGUUUGGUAGGAAAGUCUAUGAAGUUGAAAUCCUGAAAAGUAGAUACAGGAAUAUGUGACAGAAAAUAAUUCAAACCCACGUUUGCACUGACACAGUCAGAACUAUAUUUGGAAAUAUUUUUCUUAGAACAGACUACCUUCAUUUCCAACUUGGUAUUUAUCUAUUUAUUUUAUCUCAACAAUCCAGAAUUAAUGACACUUGAUACACAUUUUUGAAUGUAUUAUGUACACUACAGAAUCUCAGCCUGCUAAAUCACACAUUGGUAACUUGUUACUUAACAGAGACCACGCAAGUCCAGUUGAUGAUGGAGUAAAAGUAAUUCUUUUGAUUGGUCACUGAGACUAUAUAAUUGAGGGGGAAAAAAAAAAAGAGCACAAUGGAGCUCUGUCUUCACUUUUGUUUUGCAGACUUUCAAUCUUUGGUAUUUUUUUCUGUUGACUCUUGCUUAAGAGCACUUCUCCAACCAUACAUCUCUGUUUACAUAACUGUAAAUUUUAAGGGAAUUUGAAACAUAUUUCUAUUCCAGUGAAAUUAAACGUGAAUGGUUUAUUUUGACAUUUCCUUAGAACUUCUCUAUAUUAAGGGAUUUUUUUACACUAAUUUAAUUGUGCUGGUCCAAAGACCCAGGGGAGAAAUAUUGUACAACUGUAGACAUUUAUAUAAUGGCAACAUUGCCUCUGUUCCAAACAGUAUAAUCACUGAGGGGAUUAAUUUUUGACCUAGACUCUUCACCAGAAUUGCUUUAUAUUUCUCCUGCCCAAAGUGCCUCCUGACUUCUGAGUUUCAAGCUGCUGUUUCUGUUGGGCAGAGAGAGCAGCAAUGAGGGAGAAAAAGAAACAGGUAGCCUGCUCGAAAGGUAUAGUUUGGAAAGAAAAAAGGCACUCAAACCAUGUGGAAUUCCAACAGUUCUAAAUAAUUUGAUGGAUGGGCAUUACUGUUGUAAUUCAAAAUGGAAAUAGACCACCUCUAGCCUUUGAGAAUAUGUUCAUAACUCAUUUCAGGCACAGAGUAGCUAACAGAGACAUUUCUAAAUGUACAGUUUUGUUUACAGUACUUGGAUAAGACUGACCUAAGGUUGAGCAUCUCCAUGGCACAGCUUUGUCUCAGUGGGCAUCCACACCUCUCUCUGUGUAGCUAAGGUGGUGUAUUACAUGGUCAUUUGUUUUGAGGUGCUCUGGGAUGUUGUUUUGGUUGAUUGCUUUAGUUGCAGAAGAACUGUAAUUGAUGCAUGAAGGUGGUGUGGGAAUGGCUUGAGAGGAUAAUUUCAUUGUACGGUGUUGUCUCUAUGACCACUGACAAACGGGUGGGUUCAAGUACAAACUGGAGUCUGAACUUAAGAACUUAACUUGAGCAAGAACUUUUACCCACCCUAGAGAACCUGAUGUUAAUUUUUAGUAUGAAAGAUACAUUUAGGCAUGUGCAGUAGCCUAGGUCAGCUUUGUUAACAGUAUCCCACCCAUUAAUGAUUAGUAUGAACCUGGAAAGUGUGAAGUCAGCUGGUAAUGUAUUAAGGAUCAUGGUUCUUGAUCCUAGAUUACCUAAGACAUUUAGUAAUGCAGUUGUGUGUUCUGUCUACCUUGGCAAAAAUUACCUAUUCAUGAGAAAAAAAUUGGUGGCAGGAGCAGACUGGGAAGUGGGAGCAUGGUAAGAAAUGUUUCUUGAGCUGUGGAAAGGAGAAGAUGCUCUCUUCUUGCACUAGAAUGAUUGAGGUUUUUACAGUGAAAGAUUUAUACUAGAAUCUGUCUUGAAACCCAUUAUCUAUUUCUUCCAGACUAUAAUCUGGAGUCUCAGUUGGCUUUUAGAGCUAUGUCGUGGAAGUACUGUGCUAUUGAAUUUGACAGUCAUUCCAUCAUAAACACUUAAGAUCAAACAGCAGCCCUCAUAUGUACGUGUGCAGUUCUUAUUGAUGUCAGCAUGAGUUACGUGUGCUUGGAGGAAGACGAUACUUGUUCCUAUGUAACUGAAGAAUGUUACAUAGUAUUUUCAUACUUGGAAAAUGUUCUGAGAGCUCUGAUUAGAGAUGGUGCUGAAAUUUUUACUACUUUUACAAAACACUGAUGGCUGUAGUAUGACUUUUAGGUGUAGGGUUUUAAAGCCUACACCUGAUUAAAUACUACCCCUCGCCUUUUUUUACUUUAAUCCAGCGAGAGCAGUCACAUUUAGAAAUGUUUGCAGACCUGACUCUGCCAUACAGAAAACUAAACAUUAAAAGUUAAAUUGAAACAAGUCAUAUCUUCCCUUUUGAAAGAAAUGCAAACAACAAGCUGUCAAAAUCAAGCUUUAAGUUUUUCAUGGUAACAAGAUAAAUUAUAUGAAAGAAGAAAAUACAUAACUAAAUUACUUGAAGCUGUCAAUGUCCUGAAGCCUCUUACAUGGAAUGACUGAAGAGAUACAGCAAAUUGCAUUAAGCUCACAAAUGCGUGAUGCUCUGGAACUAUGAUCUUUGGAACAUACCUGUCUAACCAUUUAGAAUUAACUGCAGAGUCAUUUGGUCAUUUCUCGUUCAGGGGGAAGUUUCCCCUGCCUCAACCCUUUAUGUUCAACUAGUCUGUCAAUGUCCAAGGAAAGACUAGACCAAUGCAUCCAACUGGCCUGUCACAGCUCGCUGCAGAGACUCUGCAGGGUGUUUAGACUGGAGGGUGAUUAGACUGUCCCAGUCAGGGAUUUAUGGUGACAGAUACACUAGUCAAAUCAAUUAUUCAAGUUGCCGGAAACUCACACAAAACAGAUCUCAGCUGAGAGCCUUUAUAUUAUACAGAUUUGUGACAGAUUAAGGUUCAAGAUUGUCAUUGAUAGUACACUGACUGCAAGAACAACUGUGAAAUAGUAUACGCACAAAAUCUAAUAAUAAAAGCCAGCUGAAGUUAAUCAUUAAGCACGCAUAGAGUAUAGUUCUUACCUGAUAGGUGUCCCUAUGAGGGAGAAGACAGGUUUGGCCUCUCACCCAAUCCCAGCAGUUAUGAUGGAGUCUUCCCUAAUUUCUCCCCUUCCUAACUUACUUUCCUAUUAUUUCUUUACUUCCAGGUGAAGCUUGGGUGACUAGUCAUACAUGCUUUUGUUACUGAUAGGUGUAAAAUUCUCUCGCUUUACCUUUAAAGGUACAAUCAAAUAAAAAAAAUAGAGCGCAUGCUUAGUUGAGGGGUGGUCGUGCCUUGGAGGCUUACCUUGAGAUGGAGGUAUGCUUUGGUAUUAUAAUGAGUAAAGUUCAUCCAAGGAAAGCAAUUUCACCACACUUACUGGCUCAAUAGCAGACAUCUUCCCUUCCCUUCCUUCCUUGACAGCUACUGUGCAGUUUAUCAGUACGUGGUACCAUAAAGUUCCCCUUCCUGCAGGGAGUACAACAGGGCCUAGCCAAGGUGUCUUCACUCUGCCCGACCACCCCUGCUCCCACCCAGUUCCUCGUAGCAUGUGCUAAGGUUGCAGGUUGUGUUGCCUGGGGAACUACUGGGGAGUAGAUUCCCUGCGUACCAACUGCAUUCCAUCCUGGAAGUAGCAGCUGCAGUUUUAUCCUAAAAUUUCUUUAAUGUUACAAUAUAACUUUAGUCAUUUUUCCACAGGGCAUUACUUGCAAAAAAGAUAAGUGGUUUCAGACCAUUGGUAGUUAACAUUCCUAAAGGUUACUGAGUAUAGCUACUCUAAGUAAUGUAUUUCAGUUGUUUUGUUUUUCAGAGGUCAGAGAAUUAGAAUGUAGUUAAUGAACAUUCUUGUGGAGAAAAUGUCCAGCAGAAGCCACAGAAUACAAAGCUCUCGCUCUGAAGUUCCUUCAAAUGUAAACCCCAAACUUUGUACAUCUGUAAAUGUCUUCAUAUAAAGUUCAGCAUCUUUACUGAUUUUUAUCUUGUGCAGCAGUAGGUCUCACUUGAAUUGAUGCAAAUUCUUUUUGUUCACCAGAUUAGUCUUUGUAGAAUUUAUUUGUGCUAGAAACAAAGGGGUUUGAGGAACAAAUGUAAUUUGAAACUACAGAAAUGAGAAGGAAUCGCAUUUUUAAGGCAUUGAAUUCUCUUCUGCUAAAUACAUUAACUGUUAUUUCCCUGGCAUUUGGUUUAUCUUCUGUGCUAACAGUCACUGGAGCAACACAUGCAGAAUUAAGGAUAGCUACAAUAACAAAAUUGUAUAAAGUUGUUAUUGGAACGCAUUGCUAUAGCUGCUCUGGUUAGUAUUAAUCUAUUCAUGCCUGCAUAUUAGUGUUUUGUUGACUUCUUACAUAUUCUUUAUACAGUCAAAUCCUUGUGUCAUUUAAAUAAUGGGAAACAUAAGUUGUCGAUUUACACUGUUUGAUUAAUAACCUUAUAUAGAACUUAUUUUAAGACAAUUAAGUAAAGUGGUAACAUAGUGAGAAAGCUUAGGUUCUGUCUUGCAAUCAAAAUUUCUGGCAUUUCCAGUUUUGUGUUAGUGCUGCUUAGUUAGAAUGUGUAGCUAGUGUUUAUGGACAGGAGUGGGUUUUUUUCCCUAAGUAGAUAAUGAAUGAAUUUUUGAAACAGUACUGUAUAAUAUUGAUGAGCAGAAACAAAGGGGUUUGGAAAGGCUUGUCUACAUAGCCAGACUAAACAAGCUUGCUUUUUCACAAUAACAUAUAAUACAACAAACAAAAUGUGACUACCAGAGAAUAAUUGAAGUGGUGAGUUUUCAGAGACUUGAUUGAAUUUUUGGAUGAGGUUGUUUGCUUAGUUUUGUUUUGCCUUCUGUGUGGGAAGAAUGUUGCUUAGGGUUUUUUUAAUUUAGUAGGAAGUGAACCAUUGUACUUAACAGUGUGGGGGGAAAAGAAGCCCACAACUCCUAAGUUGUAUCUUCUAGAGCAAUUUUGAAAAAAGAAGCAGUGAAGUGAAAUGUAGAUGUGACUUUUAAAUGCAUGUUUGUCCUGUAUUCAUUUGGUGAUGAGAUGUCUUUACAAUUAGAUCUUACUGUUUAUUAAUGUCAGAUACAAAGGAAAGAGGGUAACUCACCUAUUCGCAAAUGCACUUAACAUUCAAAUAAGUUCCAAAGGGAGUUCAGUACCCCUGUCUUAAGAUAAUUUUCAUUCUUUUUUCUCCCAUGUGCUCAAAGGUGUGUUUUCUUCCCAACCUCUCCUCUGUUCUUCCAACCAGCAAAGAAGAAUGUAGCAAAGCAUUGGUGAGGUGGCCUCAUUUCAUGUUUAGAUAACUCUGACUACCUCCCAAAAAGUGCUCUGACUGAUGUCCUUCAGUGGAGUUAGUCAGGCUCAUUAUUUUCAGAACCUCAUACUAGGCCUACAUCCUCUUUCAGAGGUGAAAAGCAAGAGCUUUAUCUAUGAAGCCAUCUAGUUUCCCCAGAAGACUUUAAAGAGGAAAAGAAAAAAAAAUCUUGUAGUUAAAGUUGGGAAAGCUACAAUCAGCAUAAACUUUUAUUAGUCUUUUCCGCUGAAGAAGCAAUGUACUGCUGAAAAAUGGAGGAAAUAUGUGCUUCCAAGAAAUUCCUUGUAGACAGUUUAUGCUUUUGAAUUAUAGACCUGACACUUUCUAAUGGCUUUUACUUAGUGUGUAAUGUUACUUCUCAGGGCAUAGUCUAUUGUAGUGAAUUAGGGUACAUUUUUACAGUUUAAAAUUAUUGAUUUAAGCAAAAAGGGAAACAUAAUAACUGGAUUUAAUUUUUUUUGUCUAGCAUAGUGUUUUGUAUCUAUCCACAUGCUAAUACUGUACCUAAUGAUUCACAGUAGACCUUACUAUUUCAUCUGUAUCAUAGUGUUAUUCUGUAUCUUAAAUUGCUGUUGCAGUCUUACAGGAAGCUCCUGACAGUUGCUGGGUUUCUUCCCUGAGUUCCCUAGUACUAUUCAACAGGAAUUAUUCAGUACCUCACAAAAACGUGUGUUGUAAUGACGGGGAAGCUUUUUACAGUAUCUGUGUAGAUGCACUAUGUAUCUUAAAUUUCUUUUUUUUUUAAGUAAUGUUAGGAGUCUGAAUGCUAGAAUUGCAAAAGCUUUUAGUUGUUGAUAGCUGGCAGACACUUAAAGUACGAUGCGGCUAUUCUGAAGAGCAGAACUCUUGACUGAAGUCUAGUUUAUUAAGCAUCUUUAUCUGCACCAUUUGGAACCUGCUGUUAAUCCUACUGUAUAGAUGAGGAUGGGGAUAACCCACAGUGAGGUGUGUAUUUUCACAGGACACCUUCUGAAUAUAAUUAUGGUGAAACAAAGAACGUUUUGUGGAUGACGUACUCCUGUACAUUUGUUGUGAAUAAAGUUAUAAAAUUGGAAUGUCAUUAAUACAGUAAGAUCUCCUGAAUGGCUGCAUAGAAUGAGUAGAUAGAUGUUUUGGGGUUUUUUAAUGCAGUAUUGCCUGUUAUUGAAAAAUUACAUAAAUUAGAAAAAAAACUUGCUUUUACAAGACAAGAUGUAUUUGUACUUACUGUGUCCAUUCCCUUUUGUCCCAGUUUUUCUUUUUUGAAGUGGCUACAUUUAAAACUGGGUAGUCAUCUUGAAAAGUGUACUUGGGAAUGUCAUCUUUAAUUUCAUGUAAUAGAAAUAGUAGAUGUCUUAAAUGGUUUUAAGUAGCAUUGAGGUCCAAGGUAGUGAGCCAUUAAACGCUAAUUUUUUAAGACCAUUAUAUCCAUCAAAGUACUAUUCUGUGUAGGGCAAAAUGUGUAUUUUGUCAAGAUACAUGAAAAAAAAAAGUUCUCACAGUUUUCAUAUUAGGGGGAGGUACAGCUGGCUUAAAAUAUAAUUUUUUAAAUAUUUUUAAUAUUUUUUCUAUGAAAACUUCUCAGAUCCACAGUUGUGACCAUUGUAAAUUUUAUGUAGAUUUCCAAUGCAGAUAAAUGAGAAAUGGUAGAUUUUGUAGCAGAAAGAAUAAAAUGAUGACAUGACAGUAAGACACUGGAAAGUAAUUUGAUAAAUGAGCAGUGUUCUACAGGAUAGUGAACACAAAGCAUUAAGUUUGCUCUUCACUUGUUGUACUUUGUCAUAGGAUUAAUUCCUUUCAGAGGGGGUUCUUUUUUUUUUUUUUUGUCAUCAGUAGAGAGCUUAUCUGUGAAUAAAUCAUCUAUACUUAUUUUCCCACAGUAAGUGUGCAUAUAUGUGUGGGUGGAUUGUUGGGCAGCAGAACUAUAUGUAAUGUCCUGUGGAAAAGGUGAAUCCUCCAUGUACAGCUGUUUAUUUAUAACACUGGUGGUCUGCAAACAGAACUCUUCCAUGGCAGACAUGUAUGAAGUCUGAAUCUGGCAGGGUUGUUGCCAGCAUCAGGGUUUCUGCUGGAAACAGCAAGAUCUCUUGCUUCCCUGGUUGGUCUGGCUUACUUUCAUGAUACUUGGGCUAAUAUGUGCAUACACAAACCAAAUUACUAGUGGCGGGCUUUAUUCCAAGUGCCUGUAGAGAGUGUUUGACAUGGUGAAAGGGUUUGUAAGAUCUUGCAAGGUGGGAGAACUGGGAAGCGCUCAGCCAGUGUCCUACCUGGAGGUUACCUUCCAGGAGUCCUGCAGAAAGGAACAGACAGGCAUAUUUUGGAUUAAGUGCUUUAUCAUCACAGUGUUCUGUAAGCGGGCCUGUUCCUGGUGUGUGAACUGGCACCGUACACCUAGUCAAGGUAUUUCUGUCUUUUGAUUCUCCUUUGUGUAAAGAAGGGCACUAGGUGGUAAUCCACAAAAGCUACCUCUCUCAAUACAGAGUGAAACAGUUUGUAAACAAAUGUUCAAAGUGUAUAACUACCUUUGGUAGCACUUAAUUAUCACUGAUUCUUAGAAGCCUCGUCUCCAUUUAAAGGUACACCAUUCUUUUUUUUUUCACCCGGCAUGUUCUGUGGGGAGGGGUAUUUGUUAGUAAGGGCCCUUCUUUGCUCGAGGGUGAAUCUUUUAGUAUGCUAAUUAGAAUAGUUCACAUAUAGGACCACAAGUUUUCUGAUUGGUCUCAUUAAUCAUUUGGUUCUCCUUAAGCUUAUCUUGUUCUGGCCCAGCUUGACAUAUUUAUGGUGUCUGUUCCUUUUCCCAAGACCGUGUUUUGUUAACGUUAUACGGUUUGUAACAUCCUCUUGUUUUUCUAAUUCUUUCUAGUUUUUCAUUAAUAGAUAUUUACAUGUUUUUCUAAAUUUCAAGUUAAAAAGCACACUGGCCUCAUUAAUCACGUACCUGGGAGCCAGUCAACUACAACAGGAGACAGGACAAAGUAUGUCAAGACACAGACUAGCAACUAAAAUUGGUAUUUGAAUACAAACAACAAGUAGUCUUUUUGGUACUUUAUUUUCAAUAUUUUUCUCAAGUUCUUUUUAUAAAAAUUAAUCACAUAAAAAAAUAUUUUCAAAGUUACUCAUAAUUUUGGAUGCCUUCUGAUUUUGAAUUACUAUAUUUCAGAGCACUCCUUAAAGGGCUCAAUUUUAUUGGAAAAUGCCAGCACCUUUCCUCUCUCUUCCUAGACAGUGUGAUUCAUUCCAGAUGUUCUAAAAUGAGCACCUAAAAUCACAGGGCAUUACUGAAAGUACUGCUCAUAAUCUUAAAUACAAAACUUAAAAAAGCAAAUAUGUUCUGCUCAUACAGUUUGAUUGUUUGGUUUUGGGUUUUUGUUUAUUGGGUUUUUUUUUCCUCUUACUAGCUGCUGCAACUGAAGGUAGAAAGAACAUGUAAGGAAGUCCUGAGCUGAUAUGUACAAUCUUGGUUUACUUAAUUUGGGGUUUCAUUAAAUUGCAAAGCUUAGUAUGAGAAAUAGACCCUCCCGAGUCCUUGUAUAGAAGUAAUUUGCAGGAUCUGGUUGUUGAUUUGUUUUGAAUCUGCUUGAUUUUUAAGUCUUGAACAGAAUUCCUAUUGACUUCACUGACAUAGGAUCAUGCUGUGGAGAGGAUAUCAGCCACUACAUGGUAGCUUUGACAUAUUUAGUGUGAUGGAUUGUGUCUCUCACAAAUGGCCAUAUUUAUGGCUUCAAGGAUAAAAGCAGAAUAGUGUCUAUUUAUUAGCACUGUGGUUGGGGAUAAACUCUUAAGGCUGUAGAAUAUUACAGGUUUAAAAGGGCAGCUAGAGAAAAAUUUGGGUACUGUGGGGUAUCAAUAGCUAAGAAAGCUUCCUAGCUACCCCGCCUUCCUGCCCCUUCCCCCCCCUCCCCCAUUUAGCUUUUAAGUGCCAUGUGAUAAUUGAUGCAAUAUCAAAGGGAGAAAGUCUUAAUAGUGAAUAGCUUAGAUGUUGCUGUUCUCCAGAAGUGCUAUACACAUUUAUUGGUGUAACAAUAAGCUGCACGUUAGUCACCCUGUCAUCUCACAAAUGCUUAUAACUAGGCAACAGGUAAUUUCCUUUUUAAAAUGCAUCUACUUAAUGUUGAUUUGAUAUGUUCUACAAUUACUUGUUGUUAAUCUAGUACUGGGCAAUUUUCUCCAAACCUUUAAUCAAUCUUCAGUGGAACCUAGCCAAGUAUAGAUUUUUGUGAUUAUAAAACUAGGUUUAUUGUGAAGGGAAGUUGAAAUUCCACCAUGUAAAAUACUCAGUUUUCUCAUGUUGAAUUAGAAACAUAGGAGGGCAUCCUAGCGCUGCUUUCCAGUUGUGCACACUUGAGUUUUACCUUGUUUUAUCUUAUUUUGUAUUGCAUGUUAAUUAAAUUUUUACAUAUCCUAGUAGUACAAAAUAAAAUGGGAAAAAAAAAAAAAAAAAAGAAAAAGAGCACCCCUACAGUCCUAACUAUUCUAUGCAGAUGUCUUCCAAAAUUUACAGGUACUAUUUUAGUGGUGGUUGGUAAAUAGAUUGGUUUUUUUCACAUAUUUAUCAGCAGACUUGUUUUUAUAUGUAUUAGUGACAGAAUGGACUAAGCACAGCUGUAAGUUAUUGUAUUUCUGUAGAAAAUGGAACAUAGUGUAAAAUCAUUUUGUUAAAUGUUGGCAAUUUUUAAAUAAACUUUUCAUCUCCUAAAAAA